UUCAACGUGUAAGACAAAGAAUGGAUGAAAACAUAUGGACGUCAUUUUCCGAUUAGUGUGAAAACAUAGGUAUAAAAACCGAGGAUAAAAAGAGAAUGAAAACAUGGCUAGACUUGCUGUGGAGUGUUCUCUGUGUAGGAUCUUUCUGUGGUACACAAGAGGCUCGCUACAUGACCAAAGAGGAGAUGUUUCGUUACAGGGAGAAGACAAAAGCAAUGUUUUAUCAUGGUUAUGAUAACUAUUUGAAAUAUGCAUAUCCUUAUGAUGAAUUAAAGCCACUGUCGUGCACUGGACAGGAUACGUGGGGAAGCUAUUCACUGACAUUGGUUGAUUCCUUGGACACAUUAUUAAUUAUGGGCAAUGUGAGUGAGUUUCAGAGAGUGUCUUUGUUAUUGGAAGAAUCACUAUCCUUUGAUCAGGAUAUCAAUGUCUCUGUAUUUGAAACAAAUAUCAGGGUUGUUGGUGGAUUAUUAUCAGCACAUCUCUUGGCUAAAAGAGCAGGAGUGGCUGUAGAUGAAGCCUGGCCAUGUCAGGGUCCAUUACUGAGACUAGCAACCAAGGCUGCCGAGAAACUUCUCCCAGCAUUUGAAACUCCAACCGGCAUGCCAUAUGGAACGAUAAACCUUCUUUAUGGAGUACCUGAGGGAGAGACCUCGGUGACCUGUACAGCAGGGUGUGGUACCUUCAUCAUAGAGUUUGGAACAUUAAGUGCCUUGACAGGUGACAAAAGGUUUGUGGAAGCAGCAGUAAAAGCAUUGGAUGGAUUGUGGAAGAGUAAAUCAGAGCUAGGAUUGGUUGGUAAUCAUAUCGAUGUAGUCACUGGCAAGUGGACAGCAGUGGAUGCUGGGAUAGGCGCAGGUGUUGAUUCAUAUUAUGAGUAUCUUCUGAAGGGAGGCAUUUUACUAGGCAUGCCGAAGCUCAUUAGUAUGUUUGAAGAAUUUUAUGGGAAAAUCCAGAAGUAUCUAAAACAUAGUGACUGGUACGUUUGGGCCAACAUGAACAAAGGUCAAAUUACUAUGCCGGUAUUCCAGUCAUUAGAAGCAUUUUGGCCUGGAUUACAGGUUCUGUGGGGAGAUGUAGGAGCUGCAUCGCGGACCAUACAAAAGUACCACAGUGUCUGGAAACAUUUUGGGUUUAUUCCAGAGUUUUAUCAGAUUGCUAAUGGUGAACCUUUUUCUGGAAGGGAAUCGUAUCCACUUAGGCCAGAAUUAAUUGAAAGUGCUAUGUAUUUAUAUCAAGCCACCAAAGAUUCAUAUUUUCUAGAGAUUGGGAGAGAUGUGUGGGAAUCAAUAGAGAACAGUGCAAAGACUCCAUGUGGAUAUGCCACCAUCAAGAAUGUCAAAACACACGAAAAAGAAGACAGAAUGGAAUCAUUCUUUUUAGCAGAAACAACAAAAUAUCUUUAUCUAUUGUUUGAUGAAUAUAACUUCAUUCACCACAGCAAUGGCACAAGAGACUCAAACUAUCAAACUAAAGCAACCCUGUCUCCUUCAUGUACGGCUGGAGCAGCGGGAUAUAUUUUUAAUACGGAAGCUCAUCCUAUUGAUAUCGGUGCGAUUCAUUGUUGCACCCCUCUACAACAGACUCAAAUACAAGAAGAUGUUUUAUUAAGCAGUGCCGCAACUGGAAUAGACAAUAAACAGAUUAAACAAAACAGUGUUCUCACUGGGAAACACACUUGCAAGGCAAGACCUUUCCAGAAAAGAUUCUCAGUGCUUGGAGCUUUUUUUGAGAAAAUGGAUGAAAAUUAAGUAAAUAGACCUUUCGCUUGAAUGAUCACGAAACAAUAGUUUGAAGUUGAUGAAUAAAAGCAAGGGCGCCAGGACGCCUUUCCAACCAGCGGUCUUUCUGGUUUGAAUCAGCCGUACAAUUUGAAUAUUUACCGCUGCACUAUCCAUGUCAAGCAGCUCCGGCGUCGCUUCGUUAGCGAUUACUCUUCUUUAAUAAGUUAAUCAAAUUUAUAAAGGAGAGUAAUCACUARCGAAGCGACGCCGGCUCUGCUUGGUAAAUGCUCAGAGCGUACGGCUGAUUCAAACCAAAAAGACCGUUGGUGGACGUGGUAAAUAUAUUCAUAUUGUACGGCUGAUUCAAACCAGAAAGACCGUUGGAUGGAAAGAU